AUGCUGUGCACUCUGCAUGAUGUCAAGGUGCGAGAUAAAGACGUUCCCAGCGUCUUCUGGGAGAUUACAGAGCGGAGCAGUAGAAUAUGUAUGAUGUUGAACCACACUGCCAAGACCUGGCUGCUACCUCACUCCGAGGUAUUUGAAAAUGUCUACAUCUUCAAGUUGACAGCCACUAAUCUCGAGAGGCGCCUUCUUUUGGCCAGAGAUGCCACAAGGAAACACUUUGCUAUUCCCAGCUUUUAUGGACAAACUGACCGAUUUCGCGACCUCGGAGUCACAACGGACGGAGUCGAACGCAGCAGCAAAGUCAACAAGGGAGAUGGCCGUUGGCUGUUGGUAGCUAUGGCGGAAUUCAAGGAUCCGUCUCAGUAUGAAUAUCUCAUCCACACGUCCAUGCCCCGUGCGAACUCCGGUCUAGUUGGGUCGCGUCCUGGAGUCGCGCACAGACUGGCACUGCCUGAGGAGAACAAUGGCGAAGAUCUUUGCAGCAAUAUCGAUGAGGCUUAUGCCGCGCUAUUUCUCAUAACUUGUCUGAUCUCCCCUGUUGUGGACAGGCACAAGGAUGCCUGA